AUUUGACAAAAAAGAUGGCAGCGAUUGCCGACUGCUGUCCUUAGAAUUUAUUGCGAAAAUGGCGCAUUAUGUGAUAUUUUCACAUAAUUUAUUAAUUAUAAGUGAAAAUUUGUGUAGUGCUGCUUUGUGAUAGUGUGUUAAUUUACAUGAAUGACAGUGUUCUCGUGUGUAAACAGGACUUCAACUUUCUUUUGGAUAUUGGAUUACACAUAAAAUAAAGCCAAAAUGGUGGUCGGAGAAGCGAAGCGUACCCAGCCGACCAACAUCAUGGACGGCAUAGAGAAUACCGGCGACGUUCGGCUUCAUGACCACAGACUGCGUCUCAAACAGAGAUUCGAUAUAGUUAGAAAAUUAGGACAAGGCACAUACGGUAAAGUGCAGCUGGGUAUAAAUAAGAAAACCGGUCAGGAGGUCGCCAUCAAGACUAUAAAGAAAUGCAAAAUAGAGUCGGAGGCGGAUCUGGUGCGCAUCCGACGAGAGGUGCAGAUCAUGUCCUCAGUCAGGCAUCCCAAUAUCGUGCAUAUAUAUGAAGUGUUUGAAAACAGUGAGAAAAUGAUUCUCGUUAUGGAGUACUGUUCCGGCGGAGAGCUAUACGACUACCUCAGCCAAAAGAAAGUAUUAGAAGAGGAGGAAGCAAGAAGGUUGUUCCGACAGAUCGCUACAGCUGUUUACUACUGUCACAUACAUAAGAUUUGCCACAGAGAUUUAAAAUUAGAAAAUGUCUUACUGGACGACACUGGUAGUGCUAAGAUUGCGGACUUUGGUCUGUCGAACGUGUUCAAAGAGACCUCUUUAUUGUCUACAUUUUGCGGUUCGCCGCUUUACGCCUCGCCCGAGAUCGUUAAAGGAACACCAUAUAUCGGCCCAGAGGUUGACUGCUGGUCGCUGGGCGUACUGCUGUACACGCUCGUGUACGGCGCCAUGCCCUUCGAUGGCUCUAAUUUCAAGCGCCUCGUGCGACAGAUCAGCAACGGAGAUUACUACGAACCUAAGAACCCAUCCACCGCGUCUCCGCUUAUACGCGACAUGCUCACAGUAGAUCCGCUAAAGCGCGCCGAUAUUGCAUACAUUUGUGAUCAUCCCUGGGUGAACGCCGGCUGUCCGUCCUCGUGCCUGGAUCUGGCGCAGGCGCUGGCCGCGGAGACGCCGGUGCGGCUGGACCUGCUGCUCUCCCUCGCGCCCGCCGCCGCCUCGCACACCAACUCCGUCGUCGUGCCUACUCAGGCUGAGCUCGGUCCCGAGGAGAGUUGCACCGAUCUUACCAGCUCCACAUCUAUCCCGGUGGAGCCCAGCAAUUCUGCCGAGAAGAGAAUACUAGAACUAGUCGCCGAGGGAGGUGAGGACGCGAUAAAGCCGUCACCGACGCGCACGAUCGUGUCUGCGAGCGACAACAAGCGCAAGCUGGAGCUGGCCAUGUCUGCCAGCGGACUGCACAGGAAGAAGGAGAAGGUCGCUAGCUGCGCGAGCGUGACGCAGCUGCCGGCCGCGCUGCCCGAGGAAGGAUCGUUGGACUCACCGCCUGCAGACGAGGACCUAACCACUGACCAGCCUCAGCCAUGUCUUAAGUCCUCUGCUACAAUGACGAUAACGCCGGCGCCGGUGGAGCUGGCCAAAGACGCGACAGUCGACAUUGCCAAGAAAAUGCCCAAAGAGGAGGAGAUCAACGACAAGCCGCGCCCCACCACCAACAAGGUCACCUCACCCAAAGUCGAGGAGAAAUCACCAUUUGAAAAACAAGAAGAAAUAAAGCAGGUGGAGGAGCAAUCGCCCACUAGCGAGUCGUGCAGCAGCCCCGGGGAGCCGAUCAAGAAGUCGGCGCGCGAGUUCAUCAUCCCCAUUGCGGUGGAGGGCAAGGGGUACGUGACGCCGCGACAGCGCAGCCUCGAGCCCGAGACCCACACCGCGCACUCCGCGCACACCUCGCGACUGGCGCGCACGCACAAACCGAGACGUAUCAGCAGUCUCGUCAGCGGGGGUGAAUCUGAAGAGGAAGAUGAUACUCAUAUGCAUAGGCUGAGGUCGACUCGUGCUGCGCGCGCGGAGUCUGUCAGCUCUGGAGAAGAAGAUGAAGAGGACGAAGGAUUCCACUUGCUCACCGCGGAGAAUCUCUUCUCCACGCUCUUGCACAGGGUGCGCGCGCUGACUCAGCGGCUGAACGGCGAGGAGGGUCCCGGCUUCCCGCAGCAUCCGCAUUCGCUCUUCAACAAUCUGCAGUCGCCGUUCUUCAACAGCCCACACUUACCAAGGAGACAUCUCUUCACUCAUAAAUUUGUGGAAAGUAAACGAAGUGUCUCGGAAACUGAUUUAUCGUGUAUUCCGCAGACGCGAGGGCUGGGGCUCGCGAGAGCUGCACUCCGACUGGGAGUCCAUGUUCAACAAGAGCCGGCAGCCGAUGCCAAGAGUUGGGUUGCGCGUUACACUGCAUGCUCCGACCAAAUCUUCACUUCACAGCGGCAACAGCGCCAACCACAAACCCGCUACAAACGACACACAGGAAUAGGUAGUUGUAAGAAAGCCGGCAAGAAGCAACAAACGUCGAAAGCACAGCAAACGGAAACGGAGCGCGGUUUAGAUCUGUCGGAUUUGGACUUGAGCUCCAUAGAGUUCUCGGAGCGGGAGAUGGCCGCGCUGUCGGGCCUCACGCCGGCGCUCUCUCGCCGCUUGCAGCAGCAGCUGCUCGCGCACCUGCCGCCCGCCGCCGCGCGCUCGCUGCGCCGCACGCUCUCGCUGCACGCCGCGCCGCCGCCCGCAGCCACCGCCGCGCCACACGCGCCCCACGCGCCUCACGCCCGCCAGCGCGCGCACCGCAGUCACUCCGCCUCCAAAUACAACGAACCGACUAAUUCUGACAUCCUCCAUCGACUCGCGCCCGUCGACGACAAUCAACCACGAGCACCCACUCCCACACCGGAUACAAAGUCGGACCUCGAAGAAAACAACGCUAACGAUCAAAUCCGAGAUGAUGCUGAAACUAAAGGCGUCCAACGCCGCUACCUGCGGGGACACUCAGUUAAAUCCAUAGAUAAUGAUACCUCCAAAGACAAUACUCCGGAGCAGAAUACCGAUAGAACUGUUUCUCACUCACCAAAUAAUGAUUCCAAGAGAACUGACGGUCUCACUGCAGAAAACGAGGAAUCGGAAAGAAUCAAUAGAAAUGAUGACAUGGAUUUAGUAACAUCUUCGCACGUGGCCCAGUUUUGUACGCUGCCGCGUCUCAAACGAAACUCAGUAACGUCUCGAGAUUCCACAUCACCCGUUUCUGUCGUAGAUUCAGUAGGAUAUGAUUUUUCAGCGAAAAAUGUUGUAGGAAAGGAGGCCACUACGUCCAGAGCCAGUAGCAUCCGCAACUCGCAGGAUCGGCCGCUUCUUAGCAAAUAUUUAAUUCCAGAUCGACAUUUAUCUUUAGACGAAUCGUACACGUCUGAUACGGGAAGUAUAAUAUCUGAACCGAGCUAUAUCGCCGCAUACGGCACGUCGCCUUUGGGCAAUACCUCCGGGUUAGGUUUCAGGCGACAUUCGAUGAGGCUCCCGGGUGACCAACCCAGGAAACGCAUUUCGAGGUUCCUCAGGUCGGACUUUUAUGACACUCCCCCUGACGAUAGUCUUUACGCAAAACACAAAAAGGAAAAAGAGUUAGAAACCCAAAAAAUUCUUAAAGAAAUACGAGAAAAGAAAAACAAAUCAUUGGAUUCUCCAAAAAGCCCCGUAGAAAGUAAUGAAACGUCAAUUUUAAAUAAGGAUGACUCGGCUUAUGUUCGUAAAUGCUUAUCGCCAGUAGGUAAUUUAUUAAGUAGGGAACGUAGCAGAUCUACUACGCCAUUUUUCCCGAUUUUAGAUAAUAUCAAAGAAACUAAUUUAGACACUUCAUUGACGAUAACAGACUCAAAGAAAAAUGACUUGCGUAAAAGUAGUUUUAUAGAAGAGAAACUUCAAAACAAGGAAUCAAAAAUGGCCAGACCUAAGAGCUAUCCAAUAAAAAGUUUUAAUUCGUUAGAUGAAUCUAGCAAAACUCGGGCACAAGAAACAUCCGAAACCAUAGAUCGCGAAAGCGAAGAAAGAAAAUUAACACGAGAAUCUAAACUAAUACGCCCUAAGAGUUAUCCUGCUAGCACACCAUCACCGGAAAAAAUAAAUUCUAAUAAAAAUGGGAAGAGAGAUGGUUUAAAAGAAUCAUUAAGUUCAAAAGAAGAAAAUAAUAAGAACGAAAACAAAACUGACGUGGAGGUAAGCUUUAACUUUACGUUGCCUAAGAAAAAAAAUUUAAUUACGAAAUCAGAAACAUCAACUAAAAAUACAGAUUUAUCAGAACUAAAAUCGGAGUUAAAACAAGAAGUUGCCGCGCCGACACUAGUACUGAAAUAUAAAAUAAUAAAUGAGGAUGCAGACACACACACUGGAAACGGUAAAAUCGUUGAUAAUGCUACAUUGAAUGGGUCUGCAGUGGAAGACACUACUAAAGUAGUAGAUGUUAAAAAAUCGGACAGUGAUACUAAUAAAAAAAUUGUUAAAAAGAAAAUUAUAAAAAAAGUUUCAUCAAAAUCAAAGACUGAUGCAAUUAGUAGUGAAGAAACCAACGAUGGUACGAAGUCAACCGAUAAGAAAAAAGUGGUUAAGAAAGUGAAAGAAAAAAGUAGCGAGGAUAGUAAAGCUACAACUGUAAAAAAGAAAUCUGUUUUGCAAUCUAUAGGUCAUAAGUUAGAAAAAUUAGCGUCAUCAAAAUCGAAUUCCCCAGAGAAAUCAUCUCAAAGUAGUAUACCAUCAAAAGAUCUUAAGAAAGAAUGUUCCAAAUUAAACAGAUUGCAACGAGAACAAUCUGUUCCCGUAGACACCGAUCCUCCUACCGAAUCUAAUCUUAUCAAAAGAGCCGUCACUCUUACAGAUGUCGCCGCUUUAGAUAGUCAAAAUGUACCACAGAAUAAAACCACUGUUUCCAAAGUGUUAGGACUCUUCAAGAAAUUUGAAUCAAAAGAAAGAAGUCCAAAGUCUGUUAUCGAAAAUCCUGCGAGUGAAGACACUACUAUGAUCAAUAGUAAAAGUAACAAAUUUGAUACAAGUACCGAAACGAAUUUAGAGAACGACAAAGAUAAACCUAAAAGGCCGACAUCAUUAUUAUUAAAUGGCUUAGGACGUAAAAAUAAAUACAAUAAAUCAGCAAGUGACAGUGUUUCCAUUGCCUCAUUAGAAACAGACGAGCAGCCAGUACUUAAGAAAGAUCGUGAACCGAAAGGUGUUAGAAAUACUUUAAAAUUAGAUUUCUCCAAAUUGCCAAGAGUAAAAAAAAUAGUUCCUACAAAUCCUGUGAUAGAACCGCAAAUUAUGAAUAUAUCUUCGACUGAGAAAGAAAAUGAAAAGAAAAAUAUUUUAGAAAAAAAUCAAACGAUAAUCGAAAGUAAUGACAAAAACGACACAAACGAUUCACAUUCUCGCAGUCGCUCAAGAAGCAGGUCGAUCUACUCUAAUUCCGAUGUUAAGUCUGAACACAGUGCAGAGAUUAAAGGCGCAGAUAAACUUUCCGAAAGGCUCACUGGAAACUCGAUUCUUAGAUCUAUGCGCAACAAGGAUUCCAUCAGUCCCGAAAAGGAAGACAUCGUAGACAGGAUUCGAAGAAAAAGCUUUUAUUCCAGAUUCAACGAAAAAAAGCAAAGACGAAAAAGUAGCUUAGUGGGCCCCGGCGCCAUCGAAUAUGACCCCGUGGCGAGGCUGCACUCGCAGCCCACGGAGACCAAACUGGACGUCUCCCCCUCGUCCUCCAUCAACUACGACUUGUCGCCCGGCUACUCCAACGCGUCAGACUUGUCACCGUCCACCGAUCGCUACAGAUCCCUCUUCACUGAUCUUCCAAGUGCACGGGGUUUGAGGUACGAUGGCAUCAAUGAAAAAGUUGACACAUACCGGUCACUGGAUCGAAAUGAUUUCAGGAAAUAUUCAAGCGGCAGGAGUUACCUAGAUUAUGAUCAGACAGGAACUUAUGGCGGCCAUAGGUACUCACGAACGAAAUCUCUCCUCGAAAAUUGUGAUGGUAACGAGGAGCACGGUUUGAGUCACCUGAGAGACCCUGUAAAAUACAGUAGGACUAAUUCUUUGUACACUCCUGGGAACUACGCCACGUACAGACCGAAAAGAACGAGGAAUUCCGCUAUUAUAUUAAAAGAAAGCGAAAAGGAACCGAGCCCCGAAAAUAUACUUGAGAAAAUAAGGAAUAGAAAGAUCUCAAUCAGUGUGACGAGGAAAGCCGACUCUGAGGAUUCACUGCCAAGAUCCAAUGUCUCAUCUAAAAGCGAAGGCGACGGUGCAGAACGCUCUGAGAAAACUGACUGAGCGACGCUACUGACCUCUCUGCGAGAUACAACAUCGGCCGUUUGUCAUCAAACAUUAGCAUUUCAACAGCCCCUACAUAUAACUUAUUUAUUGAUUUUAGAUUUAUAAUUAAUUCACAAACUUACAUGUUUUCCAUCGAUCAUUAAUUGCUUCUUGCUGUUUAAAUAAUUGAUUUAUAAUAGUUCUUGCCACUGAGCUGUAGUAUGCAUUUUACACGUAUAAGUUAAGACGCAGUUAAAUACUCAAAUGUAAAACUAUUAUUUGGGAAUUGAACUUUCCUUAAACUUAGUGAAGAAUAUAAUAAUAUAGUUGCAACGUGAACAUAUAAUUAAGAUACGGCGUGAAAUAACUUUUCUAAUAUUUUAAGAUAAGCGAGGAAUUGCGUCUAUUGAUAUGACAGUAACAGUAUGAUAUGCUUCUUGAAAUCGAAUUGACUAUAGUUAUUUAUUAAUGAAAGUUGAAAAUGUUUUGCAAAUGAAUAACUUUUUUUAAGGAAAAGUUUAUAUGAAACACAUCUUACGUGCCUUUAUACAACAUAAGCGACUGGAUUUUAUAUAAAUUAUUAAUUAGACGAGGGCGACACGAUUUUUGUGUGUUUGCACAAAUAACGCUGGUUAUUUUUAACUUUAGCUGUUGUAAUUGACUUUGUAUGCUGCCGAAGUCAACUUAAGUUAUAAUGUUAACAAACAUGAAAGUAUUGAAAGCUAAGUCACGAAACAGUUAUCGAAUAGAAUGGUGCUUAGUUGAAGAUUUUCUUAGAACAUAAUUUGUAUUUAUAGAAUGAUAUGUUAAAGAAUUUGUAGGUAUUACUAUAAUAUAUCAACGAAAGUUUUGUGUUUCCUUUCAAACGUAAUUUAUAUUUUAUUUGUAAUUUUUUUAAACUAUAUAAAGGAAUUGUUUGCAAUCGUUGCCAUAUUCACCUCUCCGUAGUGGACAGUGGUCAGCUAGGCUAUAGGUGAGCGUUCUUUGACAGUUUAAACAUUACAGACAUUUAACGCCAUCUACAUUAUUUUUCAUAUCGAAUCUAUUUAUUAAUUUUUUUUUAUUAGAUUGAGUCUAUUUAUUAGUGUGUGGUGAUUGUUAAUAUUUGUACUGCCUGUCAUGGUAAAGCGAUACUGUGAUCCUUAAGAUAAAUAUUAAAAUUACUAUCACACGUGUUUUGUAUUGAAUGUGAAUAAAUCAUAUAGUUGAAAUGCA